CAUAUUCAAGCACACCAAUACGCCACCAUAGUUUCCAAUUAGGUCAUAUUCUCUCUCAAAGUUACCCUAAAAGAAAAAGAAGAUCGUGCACAAAAUUAAUGGGUUGUGAAAGUAUGAUGAAGAUCACCUCUUUCACUAGCCUUAGACUAUCCCCAUCCUCUAAUAAUUUGAUCAUGGGGAGGGCAGGGAAGGCAUCGGUAGCGAUUGGCUGUGCUUUUAGUAAUAAACCCUUUAAAUUCAUAGUUAGGUCUUCGAAAACUAGUUCAUUAAUAAUUGAAAGGCAUGCUGAGAUGAAAAGCUUAAUAAAUAUUGGUAAUGAUAAUGGUAAAUUUGGGAGGUUCGGGGGUAAGUUCGUCCCAGAGACAUUAAUGACUUGCUUGAACGAUCUUGAAGCCGAAUUCCGGUCCGUUUUGCAGAAUCCUCAGUUUCAGGCUGAACUUGAGACGGCGCUGAGAGACUAUGUUGGGCGAGAGACGCCUCUGUACUUCGCAGAGCGGCUUACAGAGCACUACAAGCGCAGUAAUGGGGAAGGGCCAGAGAUAUAUCUAAAGAGGGAAGAUCUUUGCCAUGGUGGAGCACACAAGAUGAACAACGCCAUUGCGCAGGCAAUGAUUGCCCGCCGCAUGGGCAGAACAAGCGUAGUCGCGGCCACCGGUGCCGGUCAGCACGGCGUUGCAACCGCCGCUUCCUGUGCCAAACUCUCUUUGGAGUGUACCAUCUUCAUGGGAUCCAAAGAUAUCGAAAAACAGUCUUCUAAUGUUCUAUUGAUGAAGCUGCUAGGUGCUCAGGUGAAAUCAGUGGAGGGAAAUUUCAAGGAUGCGUCAUCGGAGGCCAUAAGGCACUGGGCCAAUAACCUUGAAACCAGCUAUUACCUUUCGGGAACUGUGGUGGGACCUCAUCCUUGUCCGACCAUGGUGCGAGAGUUUCAAUCGGUGAUUGGCAAAGAAACCAGGAAGCAAGCAAUGGAGAAAUGGGGCUCCAAACCAGACGUUCUGGUGGCCUGCGUUGGCAGUGGAUCUAAUGCUUUGGGCCUAUUCCACGAGUUCAUCGGAGACCAAGAUGUGAGGUUGAUUGGUGUCGAAGGAGCCGGAUUUGGGCUUGACAAAGGGCCGCACUCGGCCACCUUGACCAGAGGAGACGUCGGCGUCUAUCACGGAGCCAUGAGCUACUUGUUGCAAGACAACUACGGUCAAAUUCUCAACCCCCACUCCAUUGCCGUUGGGUUAGAGUACCCGGGAGUUAGUCCAGAACUGAGUUUUCUCAAAGACAGUAGACGAGCUGAAUUUUACGCGGCCACUGAUGAAGAAGCUCUAGAUGCCUACCGUUUAUUGUGUCGAUUGGAAGGAAUAUUUCCAGCGUUAGAAGCAUCUCAUGCAUUAGCAAUUCUAAGUAAAAUAUGCCCCACUUUACCCCAUGCCACAAAGGUCGUUGUUAAUUGCAGUGGUCGAGGAGACAAAGAUGCAGCUGUCGUCUUCAACUCCGUCCCAACCUAACUAUAGUCCCAUCCGAUAACUAAGCGGUAGAGGUUUUAGGAUUGCUUAAUACUAAAAAAAAUAUCUUAGAGCAGUGCCACUAUGUGAAAACAAGGAUUAUGCAAUCUGCUCGUUUUCUUAGCUUUCUCAAUGAUCUAUCAACGGAAACGAUCAUGUCAUGUUAGAGUCGUUCAAACAAAACAUAUGACUCUUACGCAGGUAAGGACAACUACUUUAAAUAUCAUAACCAAAUUCAGCUAAUCCACUACCGAUAGGGUAGAAAAGAUUGUGUGGUUCAUGACAUCUAAUGUGUUUCCUUCACCAUCUAAGCAUCCUACUUUACAGUAAAAUCAUCGACAUGAUGACUAAAUUGCAUGUAUGGAUCUUAGUUUUUAAUUGUGAUUGAUACGGGAGAAAAGUAUUUAACAUGAAUCACAAUUUUCGACAA